UCUAAAGGUUUAAUGAAGCAGCCACACUUGCUGCGUGAGGAAAAAUAUUAGUGAUAUCAGACAUCCCAAAUUGCAGCUCAGCGCUGACAAGAUGCCUGUCUGAACAACAGACGCCCGUGACAAGAAGCAGACCCGUGGCGCAGGCGUCAUGCGCUGCUCACGCAGCCAGUGUUGCCCGGGCAUAAUGAGGAUUUCAGACUAAACUCCUGUGUCCAGGACAUAGACUGUGGUCCAGCACUUAAUUUCAGCUCUGUUUUAAACCUACCCUGGAGAGACACAAAAUUAUCGGAAGCAAGAACACGGAUUUACGGACUGUUACUACAACCUUUUGGUCUGAAACUGGGCAGCCAUGGGAGCUGUUCUGGGAGCCUUGACAUUCGCCAGUUGUGUGCCAUGCCUGUGCAGCAGUGCAACAUGUCUGAUGUGCAGCUGCUGCCCAAGCAGUAGAAACUCCACUGUUACCAGAGUCAUCUAUGCCUUCAUCUUGCUGCUGGGGACCAUUGUCGCUUGCAUCAUGCUGUCCCCGGGAGUGGGCGAGCAGCUCAGAAGGAUCCCAGGCUUCUGUGAAGAUGGGGCAGGUUCUUCUAUCCCCAGCCUACAGGCUAAUGUCAACUGUGAAAUGUUUGUGGGCUACAAGGCAGUGUACCGUGUCUGCUUUGGCAUGAGUAUGUGGUUCCUGGGAUUUUCUUCUCUAAUGAUCAAUAUCAAGAACAGCAGAGACCCCCGUGCUGCCAUCCAUAAUGGAUUUUGGUUCUUUAAGUUUGCUGCCUUGGUAGCAGUUACAGUGGCUGCCUUUUACAUUCCAGAUGGGCCUUUUACCUACAUGUGGUUUGUGGUGGGCUCCGGUGGAGCUUUCUUUUUCAUUUUGAUCCAGCUCGUGCUGCUGGUGGAUUUUGCCCACUCCUGGAAUGAGUCCUGGGUAGACAAGAUGGAGAACGGCAACUCCAGGGUCUGGUAUGCAGCUUUGUUGGUGGUUACAGCGUUCAACUACAUCCUGUCAUUUACUGCCGCCAUAAUAUUCUUCAUCUUCUACACCAAGCCUGAUGGAUGCUUCAUCAACAAGUUCUUCAUCAGCUUCAACAUGUUGUUCUGCAUUGUGGCAUCUGUUGUCUCUGUUUUUCCCAAAGUACAGGAAUCUCAGCCACGUUCAGGUCUUCUACAGUCCUCCAUCAUCACCCUGUACACCAUGUUUCUGACCUGGUCUGCAAUGACCAAUGAACCUGACAGAGUAUGUAACCCCAGCCUGCUGAGUAUCUUUCAGCAGAUCACAACCCCCACGCUAGCCCCUCUUGAGAUAGAGAACCAGACGGCCGUGGUGAUCAUUGGCACAGAGGAACCUGUCCUAUCAUCUCCAUACCUGCAAUGGUGGGAUGCCCAGAGCAUUGUGGGGCUUGUCAUAUUUGUCCUGUGCAUCCUCUACUCCAGCAUUCGUUCAUCCAGCACCAGUCAGGUGAACAAGCUGACCAUGGCCUCCAAAGACUCAGCCAUUCUGGCUGAGGGUGGCAGCAGCCCUGACCUAUCAGAGGAGUCAACAGGACCCAGGCGGGUGGAGGACAAUGAGCGGGACAUGGUUCAGUACAGCUACUCCUUCUUCCAUUUCAUGCUCUUCCUGGCCUCACUGUACAUCAUGAUGACCCUUACCAACUGGUAUAGCCCUGACGCAGACUACACCAUAACUAGCAAGUGGCCAGCAGUGUGGGUGAAGAUCACCUCCAGCUGGGUAUGUUUGGCCCUGUACAUCUGGACCCUGGUAGCCCCCAUGAUCCUCACAAACCGAGACUUCAGUUGAUCGACCAUUCUCUCUCACUCCACUUAAUCUUGCACAAAGUUGCGGUCAAACUCCAGCUAAAUAUUACAAUCAGAAUGAAAACAAAACAUGGUAUGGUUCACAGAUGAUAUAACAACUGUGUAGGUACAUGUAUAAUAUAUGUCAUAUAUGCCAAUCACAUAUUUUGUGUUGAGGCUCUUAACACAACAAAUAUUAUUCAGAAUUAAAAUCAAAUAUGAUAUCUACUUUAUACAUUCAAAGUAUAUCAUUUAUUUUAGUAUUACAACUCUCCUCAUUCAUUACUGUAGUAAAUACUGAGAGUUGCUUUGUGAAUUGCAUACAGUUGUACGCUGAUAUACUUUGCUGCUACGCCCUCCAAUGCCUUGUAUGUCUGUAAAAGGAUGGAGAUUUGGGAAUAUGUUGAGAGUAAUCUUAAGUACAUCAGUGUAUUAAACCAUGGUGGAUAAACAUGACAAAUAUCUGCAAUAUGACUUGAAGUCAGUUUAAGUUUCUGCCAAAUAUUAAUGGUCAAUGUAAAACAUGUAAAGGUGUCUUUAAGAUGUUGUGGUUACAUUUCAGUAUGUAACAUGAACCCAUGCACGACGGAACUGCACUGACAGUCACAUAGUCUUUUCUUAAUGAAACAUGUAUUUUGUUAAAUGGUUAAUGUUUGUGUAUCAAACCAGAUUUACAUGAAACACAAACACUGGCCAAAUGAUGUUUGAUUUACUGUAAUUGCCAUGUGAUAAGCUCAACGUCAGUACUGCUUCAGUUUCUGUUUCAUUUUUGGGAAGAUUUGUCUUGCUUUUACAUUUAUUUUCACAAUAGCAAUUUUAUUUACACAACUCACCUGGCACAUGCACACAUAGACAUCAAAGGGGGCUUGAGCCCCUUCCCUUUUUCAUCCUAGAGAUAAAGUGCCCUUUUUCUAGGGUGUUUUUUUAAUUUAUUUAUGCAUGCAUUUAUACAUGCACAGACAUUUUGGGGGGCAGGGGCUCAACUGAGAAAAAGGGCACUUCUCAUAAUUAUUUAUUUAAAACAACAAUUUGAAUAUAGUAGAACAUCUUUGACUAACUUAACAAUUUAUUUUAUUACCCUUACACUCACACAAUUGUUUAAUACUCAACAGUUCACACAGAGACAAUGGUCUUCUUUGGUAUUCACUAGGUUUAUCACAAGAGCAACAACAAAGGAAACAACGAUGCAUCUUGAAGUAUUUCAAUGUAUCACAUCCACAAUUUCCUAUAUUACUCCACUUUAUAUUAGUUUAAAAAAUCUGUUAAACCUGAACUCUGUUUUUAUUUAGAAAGUGCUUUAAAAAGUAUUAUCAUCAAUGAAUCAAUCAAAUUUUAUUUGUAUAGCCCAUAUUCACAAAUCACAAUUU